AAUAACUCUCGUUGUGCAUUAGCUGCAUACUACGACGCACUGUAACCGCGGAACUGCAGUGGCUGAGCAUAGUCGGUGAGCGUGCGAAACUCCCUCGCGUCCCGCCUCGGAUGGCAUCGCCUCGUCAGGAUGUUGGUUCCCCGCCAUCCACAUCCCCGCCAUCCAUAUCCGAGAAUGCAGAUAAUGCACAUCCCUCACGCUCAGACAAUGAAAUCUCAACCUCCAAUACCACCAUCACCACCACCAUGACAGCUUCAAUGACUAUAACGACCACCAACGACGUGCAUCAGGAUGCACGAGUACAGGACACGACGAUAAUCUGCACAGCGGGUGCCCUUAUCAUCGGCUCUCUCUACCUCAUAAUAAAUGUGAUGCUAUACGCUAUGGACUGGCUCGCCAAGGGCGCAUGGACCACGCGGCGUUCGAACUCUCCCACCUCCAUCUCCCGCAUUGUAUACUACGACACAGUAGAUUAUGACGAGCCCGCGCCGGACCCCUUCGCACUGGUGGGACAGACCGCGACCCCGCCACCAGAGUACAAAUCAGAGCCCGACAGUCCGCACAAGAACCUGCACCGCAUCUCCUUCUGGGAGCGCACGCUCGGCGACGACGCACGGCCGCUCACGCAGAAGCUCGUCGCGCCCGUCAAGAAGCUCAGCGGGAACAAGCUGUUCGGGAACAAGUUCAGCGGGUUCGCGAACAGCAACGGGAAUGGCCAUAGAGAGGGCCAGCCGCAGCAGAGAGGCUUCUUUCCCGAGCUCUCGCGCGUCGACAGCGCGGAGAGCAUGACCGAGUCCGAGUACGCCGCCUCCCGCCAGCAGGAGCGCACCCGAGCACCAUCUCCGUCGCCCACCGGCCCCGCCUUCCCCCGCAAGCGCCCCUCGCAGCUCUCUCUGUGCGCUCCUGCCAUACAGAUAUUCCAAGGCCUGCCUGCGAUGUUGCGCCGACGGAGCGAGGUCCCAGCCGGCGAGAAGGGCAGACGCUUCUCGGAUGGAGACGUCUCGCCGCCGCAGCGCCGGUCGCUGAGCUCUGUGGAGAGGGGCAGGCCGAGGGCUGCGUCGGUCCCGAAUGUGGUACCACCGACACCAUUGCCGACGCCUGCGGUGGAGAUGAAGAAGACGCUGUCGAAGGUGGUCGGCGUCGCUCACCAUAUCAAGUCACCGUCGGACCCUACCCCGGCUGGUGCCCCGCGCACGCCGCCAUCACGACAGACUUCUAUGAGUCGGACACAGACGGCUUCUUCUUCGUCUCAGCGGGUGCAGUCGAAAUCUCCUCAGACAUCGUCGCGCAGGCCGACGCGGUCGCCGCCGCCGAAUUACCGAGUGGGUGGCUCGCCGCUGCCACGGGAUGCGACGGGCAGGCCGCUGCUCGCGACACGGGAGACGUUCACAACGACAUACCAGAACCCGUUCAAGAGCAAGAAGACGAGGCAGAGGGCGGCGACAGUGGUCGAACAGUCACGAGGGGCAUCCUCACCGAGGACAGGGAGCAUAGAUGUCAGACCCAAUUCACCUCCGAUGCCACGCUCGCCUCGAGUCGAUGCCAAAGAAGGCCCCGAAGACCGCACGUCGACCAAGGCCCCAAAUACGCUACGUCGACUUGGCACGUUCGUGCGUACGAAGCUCAGGCAGGGCAUACAAUCUCCGAAAUCGCUCAAGUCACCCAAGUCGAUUCCGCCGACGCCGCGCACGCAGCCGUACGGCCCGCCGUACUAUGCGAGUCCUCCACGCGCCAGCAGCCCGGAGAGCCUCGCAGGCUCGAAUAGGCGGAGUGUUGCCGUUGCGCGGGAGGCGCAGAGGACGAGAGAGCGCAGAGCGGAGAUGGAGAGGACGAGGGAGAAUGCGUUGGGGCUGGAUUUGGGGGUCGAGAGGCAGCAGAGGACUGAUAUUUGAGAUUUGAGAUUCGUGAGUUCGUCGUUGGCUGGUUUUCCGCGAUCGAUGGUUUUUGAGGAUUUGUGUGGUAUCUUAUACGUUUCUAUCGGCAGCUUUGCCCGCAUCAUU